AUGACCAGCAUUGAAGAUAUAAAGAGACUUGUACUGAAGCCAUUUCAAAGCCAUCGUCAAUUAAGCAUUAAGGAAGCAGACACAUUAUCAUUGGAAAUCCUGGAUCUACUGAGCCAAUCGGAUUGUAAAGAUCGACAGACACUUAAGUAUCUGGCCAAUUUUCUUACGAUAGAGACAUACCACGACUUGAUCGAGGAACGAAACCUCAAUAGAAAGUGCGGUUACCCUUUAUGCACUCGCAGCCAGAAUCGAGUUCGCGAUCCAUAUGGCGGGAACGCAACAGCAACCCGUUUUCUGCAAGAAAACAAUCCAUACGCCUACCUCUCACAUUAUUGCAGUAAGUUUCACUAUCGCUGUUCCCAGUUUUACGAAGUUCAGCUGACGGAAGAAGCUUUGUUCGUACGUAUAGGCGUCCACCUUGAUGAUGAAGUUAAAGGGAAUUUACCAAAGCUGCAAAACAUUUCACUACUUGAAGAGCUCAUUCAGGGUGAGGAGUUAGGCCAACAAGACCUGAUGUCAAUCGUCAGUGGUAUAGGACAGCUACAUAUAAAGAGUGACGAAGCGUUAGGUGGAGAUGGUAAAGAUGAGCUUGAAAAAGAUUUGAGUGAGUGGCUAUCUCAUAUCAAGAUCGUGGAAAACCAAAAUCCUCACCCUAUGGGAGACAUUUCCAAGGACGAAAGCUGA